CAAAGUGGAUCACAAAAUAAAAAAAAACGUUCUGCCGGCGAGUGUGUUUGUGUUGUUUGUUUGAAAAUAAAUUAGAGGUUUUACAAUAAUUUAAUCCUACAAAGACCAUAGUCUUUGCACAUUCAUACAAUAAUGGACGGUGAUUUAUAUGAUGAGUUCGGUAACUACAUUGGACCGGACUUGGAAUCGGAUUCCGAGGAUGAGCAGAGUGUUUACGGCCAGGGUGACGCCAGAGAUGAUGAGGAUGCGAUGGAUGAGGAUGAGGACGCAGAGGCGGAGGCCGAGGCCGCGCCCAUGUCCGUCGUGCUGCAUGAAGACAAGAGAUAUUACCCGCAAGCGGUAGAAGUAUAUGGUCCGGACGUAGAGACAGUGGUACAAGAAGAAGACACACAGGCGCUGGACAAGCCGCUCAUUGAACCGCUGAAACAAAAGAACUUCCAAGUUCAAGAGCAACAGCUACCGGAGACCACAUAUAACAUGGAGUACCUGGCAGACAUGCUGGAUAACACCAACUUGAUCAGAAAUGUCACACUGAUGGGGCAUUUGCAUAAUGGUAAAACCUCCUUCGUAGACUGCCUCAUGCGUCAGACACACCCGAGCACCAUCAACAACGACACCACCAUCCCGAUGCGCUACACCGACACACUGUUUGUGGAGCAGGAGCGCGGGGUGUCCAUCAAGUCUAUGCCUGUCACGCUACUGCUGAAGGACAUCAAGGGAAAGUCCCACUUGCUGAAUAUCAUGGACACUCCAGGGCAUGUGAACUUUAGUGAUGAAGUCACCGCUGCUUUGAGGAUCUCUGAUGGCGCAGUCCUCUUCGUGGACGCAGCAGAGGGCAUCAUGUUAAACACGGAGCGCCUACUCCGACACGCCGUCCAGGAGCGGGUCCCGAUCACGAUCUGCAUCAACAAGAUCGACCGACUCAUGCUGGAGCUGAAGUUGCCCCCCGCAGACGCGUAUUAUAAGUUGAGGCAUAUCAUAGACGAGCUGAACUCGCUGUCGGCCACGCACCAGCCGCAGGAUAACCCGGAGGAGCCGGCUACGGUGUUCUCGCCGUUGUUGGGCAACGUGGCCUUCGCGUCAUCUCUCUACGACGUGUGUUUCACUGUCGAGUCAUUCGCGGCGAUGUACGCGGCGGCGCACGAGGGCUCGGGUCUGCGCGGCGUGGACAUGGCGCAGUGGCUGUGGGGGGACGUGUACUUCAACGCUAAAACUAGACGGUUCACCAAAAAACAACCGCAUGCGUCCGCGCAGAGGAGCUUCGUGGAGUUUAUACUGGAGCCGCUGUACAAGAUCUUUGCUCAGGUGGUGGGCGACGUGGACGGCUCCCUGCCCCAGGUGCUGGAGGAGCUCGGCAUCAAGCUCACGAAGCAGGAGGCGCGGCUCAACAUCCGCCCGCUGCUCAGGCUCGUCUGCAGCCGCUUCUUCGGGGACUUCUGCGGUUUCGUAGAGCUAGUAGUGCGCAACAUCCCGUCCCCGCUCGAGGCGGCUCCCGGCAAGGUGGCUCACUGCUACCGCGGCACGGAGGGGCCGCUAGUGGACGACAUGUCCUCCUGCGACCAGGCGGGCCGGCUGGUCGCGCACACCACCAAGAUGUAUCCCACUGACGACUGCACGUUCUUUUUGGUGCUAGCUCGCGUGAUGUCGGGCACGCUGUACGCGGGGCAGCCGGUGCGCGUGCUGGGGGAGAACUACAGCGCGCAGGACGAGGAGGACUCGCGCGUCAUGAGCGUGGGCCGCCUGUGGGUCAACGAGGCAAGGUAUAAGGUGGAACUAAACCGCGUGCCAGCUGGCUGCUGGUGCCUGGUCGAGGGCGUGGACCAGUCGGUCGUCAAGACGUGUACCCUCGUGGACGCGGCCGAGACGGAGACGCUGCACACAUUCCGUCCGCUGAGGUUCAACACGCAAGCUGUUGUGAAGAUAGCGGUGGAGCCGGUCAACCCGUCCGAGCUGCCGAAGAUGCUGGAGGGGUUGAGGAAGGUGAACAAGUCCUACCCUCUCCUCUCGACCCGGGUCGAAGAGUCCGGCGAGCACGUGAUCCUGGGCACGGGCGAGCUGUUCCUCGACUGCGUCAUGCACGACCUGAGGAAUAUGUACUCCGAGAUCGAUAUUAAAGUGGCCGACCCCGUAGUCUCCUUCUGCGAAACCGUCGUCGAAACCUCCUCGCUAAAAUGCUUCGCCGAAACCCCGAACAAGCGCAACAAGCUGACGAUGAUCGCGGAGCCGCUGGAGCGCGGGCUGGCCGAGGACAUCGAGGCGGGCGCCGUCUCCGCCGCCUGGGACCGCAAGCGACAGGGGGACUUCUUCCAGACCAAAUACGACUGGGAUCUCCUGGCCGCGCGUUCCAUCUGGGCGUUCGGGCCGGACGCGACGGGGCCCAACAUCCUCGUGGACGACACGCUGCCGUCAGAGGUGGACAAGCAUCUGCUGGCGUCGGUCAAGGAUAGUAUUGUGCAAGGUUUCCAAUGGGGCACGCGGGAGGGCCCUCUCUGUGAGGAGCCGAUCAGGAACGUGAAGUUCAAGAUCCUGGACGCCGUGAUCGCGCCCGAGCCGCUGCACCGCGGCGGCGGGCAGAUCAUCCCUACUGCCAGACGAGUGGCGUACUCGGCGUUCCUGAUGGCGACGCCGCGGCUGAUGGAGCCGUACCUGUUCGUGGAGGUGCAGGCGCCCGCCGACUGCGUGUCCGCCGUCUACACCGUGCUCGCCAAGAGAAGAGGUCACGUGACGCAAGACGCGCCGGUCCCCGGCUCCCCUCUCUACACGAUCAAGGCGUUCGUCCCCGCCAUAGACUCGUUCGGCUUCGAGACGGACCUGCGCACGCACACGCAGGGCCAGGCCUUCUGCCUGCAGGUGUUCCACCACUGGCAGAUCGUGCCCGGCGACCCGCUGGAUAAGACCAUCACUAUCAGGCCGCUGGAGCCGCAGCCGGCGACGCACCUGGCGCGCGAGUUCAUGAUCAAGACGCGGCGCCGCAAGGGGCUAAGUGAGGACGUCUCUAUCAACAAGUUCUUCGACGACCCCAUGUUGCUGGAGCUGGCGCGGCAGGACGUGCUGUUGAAUUAGGAUAGUUAAUAAUAAAUAUGUGGUUUAAGUGUA